AUGGUACAUUCACCCAUUCAAUUGAAUGAUUUACCUGAUGAAAUUCUUAUGAUGAUUUUGAAAAAAUUACACAAUUUUGAUGUACUUUAUUCUUUAAUUGGUGUUAAUAAACGAUUUGAUAAAAUUGUAAAGGAUUCAAUUUUUACAAACAAUUUAAUAUUAACAACAUCAUUUAAUAGUUUAUAUCAAUUUACUGACACAAUAAUUGAUCGAUUUUGUCUUGAAAUUUUACCUAAAAUUAAUACUAGAAUUCAAUGGCUUAGUGUUGAAUCAUCAUCUAUGGAACGUAUUCUACUUGCAACAAAUUAUCCUAAUUUACAUGGACUUGAUGGAAGUUAUUUAAUUCGUCUUUUCAAAAAUCGAAUUACAUCACUUGUUAUUUAUAUUAAAGAAUGUGAAGAACCAGAAGAUCAAGUGUUACUUAUAGGUCUAUUUAUAUUUCGACCAAUCUUGUCCAUGUUCAAUAAUUUACGGCAUUUAAAUUUUAGUGUAUCAUCUGAAGAGCCACAAUUAAGUUUUUGUAAAUCACAUCCAGUUCCUAUCUCUUCAACUCUAUUAGAAUUGCAUGUUGUCGUAGAGUCGAUGAACAAUUGUCUUUAUUUACUUAGUGGUUGUUUCGAUCAACUUCAUACGUUCUAUGUUACGAUUUCACAUUCUAAUAAUGGUUUUAAAUGUCCAGAAAUCAAAAACAAAAGGAAACUGCCCAAUUUAAAAUGCUUUUCGUUUUUCUAUGAUUCAAAUUCAUCCAUCAACUAUGAUGAUGUUAUUUCACUCGUACAACGAAUGUUAAAUUUAGAAGAACUUAGUUUAUUUUUUAUCAGUUGUUUUGGACCAAUAAUUGAUGGUGAUACUUUGGAAACGAAUAUUAUUAAUCAUUUAACAAAAUUAAAUAAAUUCACAUUUAAUAUUCGUUCGAUUGUUUUCCUUAAAAAUCUAGUUAAUUUACCAUCAAAUGAUGAAAUUAAAAAUACAUUUAAAAAUUUUCGAAAUAAUCAAAUUAUUUCAACUGUUGAGUAUUUUUCUAAAAUGGAUCAAGUUCAUUGUCAUGUUUAUUCAUAUCCAUAUAUAUGGACAUCUUAUUUUUAUAUAACAAAUCACUUUGCUGAUGGAUUAUUUAAAUGUGUUCGUCGAAUAUACUUAACUGAUGAACGUCCCUUUGAACAUGAAUUUUUUCUUCGAAUUCACAAUUCAUUUCCAUUUAUCGAAAAAUUAUGUUUACAUAAUUAUGAGCCGCAAAAGAAUGAUAACCAACAAUGGUCAAUUAUACAAUAUUCUCAUCUUACUCAGCUUGAUCUUCGUUACAGUCACGAAAAUUAUAUCGAACAGUUUUUAAUUAAUACUAAAACUUAUUUAUUAAAUAAUGUUUCUCUUCAUGUCAAUUAUAAUAGUUUACAAAAAGUAACGGACAACUUUAAAAGAGAUGCAACACGAGUUAAUUCUUUGAAAAUCAUCGCUUUAUUUUUAUACAAUGUAUUUGACUUUACUAACGAUAUAAGAAACUAUUUUUCUCAUGCAAAACUACAUUGAUUAUUGUCACUUAUUAUUUGAAUAAAAUUGUAAAAUAAAAAAGGAGACAAUGUUUAUUUUAGAUUUUAUAGGAAAAAGAUAAAAUUAUUAUAUUUGUCAAAAUAGGUCAUAUAUGGUUUAUAUGAGUAAGAGAAAAGCUACUUUGCAAGAAAAGAAAAAUUGAUCCACAAUUAGGAUUGUCAUUGUAAUUAUAUGUUAUUAGCGCCUCGUUUUUUUUAUAGAGAAAAAAAGUAAAUUCGUGUUUGUUAAAAGUCUGGACACGAUUUCAUAAGAUAAUUACGCUGCGACUGACACAUAAGUGUUCUUUCCUUCCUUCGUCUCUCGUUGAUAAAGGAACAACAUCGAAUGGAACUGAUCUUCUAUGUCUUUUCCCUAUGGAUAAGUAGUUUGUCAAAUGAGUAAAUUAUCAUAUUAAUUUAGGCGAAUUAAUUAAUAUAAAAUUUAAUUUCUAUCAUUUCACAAAAACUAACAGACUGCCUAUUUAUAUGUACUAUCUUUGUAUUUGUCCCUACAGAUAAGUACGAUAGUUAUUGACAAGUAAGGACAGAAUAAUAUUGACCAUGAAACUACUAUUUAGCAAUAUUUCAAAAAAAGAAACAACUCUAUCCUUUGAUUUUUGGAUAAGAUAUCUUAUUUCGACUUUGAUUAUGUAUUUCACAUCGACCUUAAAAUUGUAGUAGGUUACUUUAUUGUCAUAUCAAAGCUUACUGUGUUGACAGUCACAUUUUUAAGAGAGCAUCCAUGAGAGGACCACGG